AUGACAGUCUGGAUCAUCACAGGAACCUCCUCCGGCUUUGGCAGCGAGUUCGUCAAGCAGGCCCUCGCCCGCGGCGACAAAGUCAUCGCCACGGCCCGCACCGUCUCCAAGAUCCCCCACAUGAAAGAAGCCGGGGCGGCCGUCCUGUCGCUUGACGUGACAGCGCCGCAGGCAGAUCUGGAAGCCAAGGCCGCCGAGGCCAUCGCCAUAUACGGCCAGAUUGAUAUCUUGGUGAAUAACGCUGCGUACGUGCAGUUUGGGACCCUCGAGCAUCUAGGGGACAACUACGCAAAGCAAUUCACCACCAACGUCUUCGGCACCAUCAACGUCACCCGCGCGUUCCUCCCGCACUUCCGGGCGCGAAAGGCCGGCACGAUCGUGAAUGUCGGGUCCAUGGCUGCGUGGGAGACGUAUCCCACCGUGGGCGCAUACUCGGCGUCCAAAGCGGCGAUGCGCUACGCGACCGACGCCCUGGCCCAAGAGGUGUCGCAUCUCGGGAUCAAGACCCUCCUCGUCGAACCGGGGUACUUCCGCACCGAGUUGCUGAGCUCGCAGAACAGCGCGUUUGUCGAGACGAGCAUCCCGGACUACAGGGCGCUGACGGAGGCGACCUUUGCCCAGUUCCGCGCGACGCACGGCCAGCAGCCGGGGGAUCCGGUCAAGGGCGUGGCGCGGAUUAUCGAUGUGGUGAAGGGGGAGAAUGGAGCGGCCGGGAAAGAGUGGCCGAAGGAGCUUGUGCUGGGGUCGGAUGCUGUUGCGACGAUCCGGAAGAAGUGCUGGGAUAUGUUGAGGUUGUUGGAGGAGUGGGAGGAGUUUUCGUCUGGGACGGAUCUAUAG